GCCUUAACGCGGGCAGUUUGGGUUCCAUGGGGGAGAGAUCUGCAUAUCAGCGCCUGACUGGGGGCUCGGAGGUCCUGCAGAGGCUGGGGAGCAGCAGCAUGCAGCCAGAAGAGGGUACAGGCUGGCUGCUGGAGCUGCUGUCCGAGGUGCAGCUGCAACAGUACUUCCUGCGGCUCCGCGACGACCUCAAUGUCACCCGCCUGUCCCACUUUGAGUAUGUCAAGAAUGAGGACCUGGAGAAGAUUGGCAUGGGCCGGCCUGGCCAGCGGCGGCUGUGGGAGGCUGUGAAGAGGAGAAAGGCCAUGUGCAAGCGCAAGUCCUGGAUGAGCAAGGUGUUCAGUGGAAAGCGGCUGGAGGCUGAGUUCCCCCCUCAUCACUCUCAGAGCGCCUUCCCGAAGACCUCACCCACCCCUGGUGGCCCCGCAGGGGAGGGGCCCCUGCAGAGCCUCACCUGCCUCAUUGGGGAGAAGGACCUGCGUCUCUUCGAGAAGCUCGGAGACGGCUCCUUUGGCGUGGUGCGCAGGGGCGAAUGGGACGCCCCCUCGGGGAAGACGGUGAGUGUGGCUGUGAAGUGCCUGAAGCCUGAUGUGCUGAGCCAGCCAGAGGCCAUGGACGACUUCAUCCGGGAAGUCAAUGCCAUGCAUUCGCUUGACCACCGCAACCUCAUUCGCCUCUAUGGUGUGGUGCUCACGCCACCCAUGAAGAUGGUGACAGAGCUGGCGCCUCUGGGAUCGUUGCUGGACCGGCUUCGCAAGCACCAGGGCCACUUCCUUCUGGGUACUCUGAGCCGCUAUGCUGUGCAGGUGGCUGAGGGCAUGGGCUACCUGGAGUCCAAGCGCUUUAUUCACCGUGACCUGGCUGCCCGCAAUCUGCUGCUGGCCACACGCGACCUGGUCAAGAUCGGGGACUUCGGGCUGAUGCGAGCACUCCCCCAGAAUGACGACCACUACGUCAUGCAGGAGCAUCGCAAGGUGCCCUUUGCCUGGUGUGCCCCCGAGAGCCUGAAGACACGCACCUUCUCCCAUGCCAGCGACACCUGGAUGUUUGGGGUAACGUUGUGGGAGAUGUUCACCUAUGGCCAGGAGCCCUGGAUUGGCCUUAAUGGCAGUCAGAUCCUGCAUAAGAUUGACAAGGAAGGGGAGCGUCUUCCCCGGCCCGAGGACUGCCCCCAAGACAUCUACAAUGUCAUGGUCCAGUGCUGGGCUCACAAACCAGAGGACAGACCCACCUUUGUGGCCCUGAGGGACUUCCUGCUGGAGGCCCAGCCCACUGACAUGCGGGCCCUCCAGGACUUUGAGGAACCAGACAAGCUGCACAUCCAGAUGAACGAUGUCAUCACCGUCAUCGAGGGGAGGGCUGAGAACUACUGGUGGCGCGGGCAGAACACACGGACACUGUGCGUGGGGCCCUUCCCCCGAAACGUGGUGACCUCCGUGGCUGGCCUGUCAGCCCAGGACAUCAGCCAGCCCCUGCAGAACAGCUUCAUUCACACGGGCCAUGGCGACAGCGACCCCCGCCACUGCUGGGGCUUCCCCGACAAGAUCGAUGAACUGUAUCUGGGAAACCCUAUGGACCCUCCCGACCUGCUGAGCGUGGAACUGAGCACCUCCCGCCCCACCCAGCAUCUGGGAAGGGUGAAAAGGGAGCCUCCACCUCGCCCACCUCAGCCUGCCAUCUUCACUAAGAAACCAACCUAUGACCCCGUGAGCGAGGACCAAGACCCCUUGUCCAGUGACUUCAAGAGGCUGGGUGUGAGGAAGCCAGGCUUGCCCCGGGGGCUGUGGCUGACAAAGCCCUCGGCCCGGGUGUCCGGCACCAAGACCGGCCGCAGUGGCGGUGGCGCUGAGGUCACGCUCAUUGACUUCGGCGAGGAGCCGGUGGUCCCGUCCCCACGGCCCUACACACCCUCGCUGGCGCAGCUGGCCAUGGAUGCCUGCUCCUUGUUGGACAAGACUCCCCCACUGGGCGUACUCCCCCACUGGGCGUACUCCCCCACUGGGCGUACUCCCCCACUGGGCGUACUCCCCCACUGGGCGUAUGUGGUGGACUGGGACGCACGCCCGCUGCCGCCGCCCCCCGCCUACGAUGAUGUGGCCCAAGACGAGGAUGACUUUGAAGUCUGCUCCAUCAACAGCACCCUGGUGGGCGCCGGGGUCUCUCCUGGGCCCAGCCAGGGUGAGACGAAUUACGGCUUCGUGCCCGAGCAGGCGCGGCUCCUUGCUCCCCUGGAGGACAACCUGUUCCUCCCACCCCAGGGCGGCAGCAAGCCGCCCACCUCGGCCCAGACCGCAGAGAUCUUCCAGGCUCUGCAGCAGGAGUGCAUGCUGAGGCUGCAGGUCCCCGCCAGCUCGCUGGUCCUCUCACCCAGCCCCGUGGGCGAUGACAAGCCCCAGGUGCCCCCCCGGGUGCCUAUCCCCCGAGCCCGGGUGCCUCCCCGGGAGCCCCUGUCCCCUCAAAGCUCAAGGACCCCCAGUCCCCUGGUGCCCCGUGGCAGCUCCCCGCUGCCACCCCGGCUCUCAAGUUCACCUGGGAAGACCAUGCCCACCACCCAGAGCUUUGCAUCAGACCCCAAGUACGCCACACCCCAGGUGAUCCAGGCACCAGGCCCACGGGCUGGUCCCUGCAUCCUGCCCAUCGUUCGCGACGGCAAGAAGGUCAGCAAUACCCACUACUACCUGCUGCCUGAGCGCCCGCCCUACCUGGAGCGCUACCAGCGCUUCUUGCGUGAGGCACAGAGCCCCGAAGAACCCACCCCCUUGCCUGUGCCCCUGCUGCCCCCACCCAGCACUCCAGCCCCUGCCGCCCCCACUGCCACUGUUCGGCCCAUGCCCCAGGCUGCCCCAGACCCCAAGGCCAACUUCUCCACCAACAACAGCAAUCCAGGGGUCCGGCCGCCAGCCCUGAGGGCCACCGCUUGGCUGUCACAGAGGGGCUGCCCAGGGGACGGGCCAGAGGCUGUACGGCCAACAGAUAAGAUCCAGAUGGUGGAGCAGCUUUUUGGGUUGGGUCUGCGGCCGCGAGGCGAGUGCCACAAAGUGCUGGAGAUGUUCGACUGGAACCUAGAGCAAGCCGGCUGCCACCUUCUGGGCUCCUGUGGCCCUGCCCACCACAAGUGA